AUGAAAGUCGUCCCUGAGGGUGAACGCACUCUAGUAGCAACAGAGGUCGCACAUAUUGUUCCAUUUUCUCCUGACAGCAUUGUGAAGACAGGAGCUUUGAGGAAAGUACAAGAUUCACCUGAAUCCUGCCAUUUCUGCCCAGACGAAGAACAUUCUCUGUGGGAUUGUACAUCUGCUGAUGAGAGAUAUGCCACAGCUGAGAAAACCACUUUCACCUCUGAUCAAGGAGAGCUAGAAUUUCAAGAAGCAAAUACCCCCAACGAAGAGGACCAGUCUGAAGUCCCUAUGGAAUCAAUAGAGCCUCUUGAAUAUUCCUCGAUUGGAAUUUCUUCUCUUUCUCCUUUUCUUUACUGUGUUAAAUUCCUGAAUUUCAGAAGCUCUCUGAACGUGCCCAAUAAACGACGUUGUCACCGCUGUCAGUGCUCAUAG